GUCUUACAGGAUUGCAUCCUUUUACAUCAUUUUAUAUAUUAACAGGAAAGCAGUCUCAUCUGUGAUGCUGGGGCCACCCUACAACCAUACAAUGGAACCCCCUGUCAUCGUCCUGGUGGGUAUUCCAGGUUUGCAAUCUUCACAUCUUUGGCUGGUUAUCUCACUGAGCAUCAUGUACAUAGCCCUGUUAGAAAACACCCUCAUAGUGACUGUAAUUUGGAUGGAUUCCACUCUACAAGAGCCCAUGUACUGCUCCCUGUAUAUUCUGGCUGCUGUGGACAUUGUUAUGGCCUCCUUGGUAGUGCCCAAGAUGGUGAGCAUUUUCUCCUUAGGAGACAGCUUCAUCAGCUUUAAUGCUUGUUUCACUCAGCUGUACUUUGUCCAUGCAGCCACAGCUGUGGAGACAGGUCUGCUACUGGCCAUGGCUGUUGACUGCUAUGUGGCCAUCUGUAAGCCCCUACACUACAAGAGAAUUCUCACACCUCAAGUGAUACUGGGAAUGAGUGUGAUCAUCACUAUCAGAGCUAUCAUAUUCAUGACACCACUGAGUUGGAUGGUGAGUAAUCUGCCUUUCUGUGGCUCCAAUGUGGUUCUCCAUUCCUACUGUGGGCACAUAGCCAUGGCCAAGUUGGCAUAUGCCGACCCCAUGUCCAGUAGUCUCUACAGCUUCAUUGGUUCCUCGAUUACUGUGAAAACCCACAGAACCUCCAUUACUGUGGGUUCUGAUGUGGCCUUUAUUGCUGCCUCCUAUAACUUGAUUCUUCAGGCAGUAUUCGGUCUCUCCGCAAAGAAUGCUCAGUUGAAAGCAUUAAGUACAUGCGGCUCCCACGUCGGGGUUAUGGCUCUGUACCACCUACCUGGGAUGGCAUCCAUCUAUGUGGCCUGGCUGGGGAAGGACAUAGUGCCUUUGCACAUCCAGGUGCUGUUAGCUGACUUGUACCUGAUCAUCCCACCAACCUUAAACCCCAUCAUCUAUGGCCUGAGAACCAAACAAAUAAAGGAGCGAACACGGAGCUUGCUGACGCACUGCCUCUUUAACCACUCCAACCUGGGUUCAUGA